CUUCAUCUGUGGCGGCUAUCCAAAGCUCUUAUAAAAGGCCUUGUGCCUCUACGUCUCUAAUAUGUUGCUCUUGUUUUGGUCAGUUUUGUUUGUCUUUAAAAUACCAUAUGGGUUAUCUACCAAAGAACAAUACUUACAGUUCAUCCCUGUUAGUGGAGUUAGACAUGACACUUAUUUCUAUGAACAUCCUGGUCUCCGAAAUCCUAUCGAAAUAGAUGCCACUGUUCAGCAGCAGGUUCGCAUCAGAAUUGUCGAACACCUGAAUGAGCUUCCUGUAUUAAGGAUUCAUUGUAUUGUUGCUCCACUAGAUUCAGCUCAUGAACUUGUUUCCGCCUAUCUGUGUCGCAGGAAGUCUACCCAUGAUUCAGAUGAAUGCAUUGACCCUAAAAUCAGAAAUGUUAUUUUUGGCCGGGUUGAGUUCAGCGCUGAUGGCAAUAGAUCCUCAGGCUACACAUUUUCUUCUAGGUUACCUGUUAAAGAUGAGCUACUUGACGGCUUUUACUUCUGCAAGUAUCAUAACCGAAAUGGAGAGUUGAUUUCAAAUUUUAUUGAAGUACAAGAUGCAUAUUACUAUCACAAACGUAUGGUUAGACGACCUGUAAAGCAAACUGAGUAUUUACCUGCUUUAUCGAUCAAUGAUCUUCCUUUGAGUCUGGAAUGCGGACAAACUCAGGGAUCUGAGGAGUUGCCGAGUUGGGCUGAUGCAACAUUCCCUAGUCCGUUUAUGUGGUCGUUUUGUGAUGUAGACAGCCCUGAUGGUAUACAGUCCGCUGGUUGCAUGCGUAGAGUUCGUCAGACAUCCAUUCAUGUUACAAAUUAUUUUGAAAGCUAUGUAUCUCCAAAUGGUACUCUGGUAUUAUACAAACGCACAACGUCAGCAUGGAAAGAUAUGGGUUUGGUAUGCUGGAGCCACUUGGAUUCCUCAGCUGUUUAUUCUACCUAUUUCGGUGGUUCAUACGAACGACCCAAGUUGUUGACUUAUGAUUCGAGUAUACCAUUCGUAGGUAGUGGAAUUACUGUAUUAUCACCGCUUACACAAAGAAUUACUGUUCGAAUUGGACCACGAACUGGUCUUAAGCUAGUGAGUAAGUAUCGAUCUAAUCCAGAGCAUACUACCGUCAAAUGGACCAAAGACGGCAAAAGAAUUCCACCAGAUUUUCCAGGACAUAGUGAUUAUCUACUCAAGUUUCCUGAUCACAUUCGUCGAGAUCAUUCUGGGACUUACAAUUUACUUGUGGAAAAUGGAUAUGACCAAGUUAAUUUUCAGUUCUUAGUGAGUGUGGUUGGUCCACCUGAAGUGAUACGUGCUCCUCCACCCUUACUUUUAGUGAUGGAAGGAGAAAAUGUUACAUUCAGUUGUCAAUUGGAUUCGUUUAUAACGGAGUCUUUAGAAAUCAAUGGUCUACCUUAUCAACCGAACCCGGCUAAUUUUCGUACUGAACUAAGGGAUCAAUAUCCGUACUUAAAAGAUGCUUUGAUACAACCAUUGCAAAAGAAUGGUCACAUUUUAACUUAUUCAGCCUACAAUCUACUAUUUACUCCUGGUAGUAAAAUUGGACCAACUCAUACUGUCAGUUUGGUCGGAAAAAAUGAAUAUGGCCUAGCUCGUGUAUCUACUCUUGUCAGAGUACUUCCCCGAUUAAACCUCUUGAAAGUUCCAAAGGAUUACUCAUGUACUAUCAACUGUUUGAACACUAUUUCACAUACAUUCGAUUGUGCUAUUGAUACCGAUCCUUAUCAGUUUACUCACGUUGUACAAACAUGGGAAUUAAAUGGUAUUGCUGUGUCGAAAAUGACAAAAGAUUAUCAACAGUCAAAGUUUAUUAAAACAGAUGGCACAAAAUUGAUAAUCACACCCGUUGAUGACCCGUCCUUAACUGUAUUGUUCCGAAAAGUGAAUGUGACAUGUCGCUGGCGUAUCUUUUAUCCACAUGUGACUUCGCGUAUUGCAGAUCUGGAUACCAGACUUUUGGAACCGAAUAUGAAGGUCUAUGACUCUCAUGAUGAUGUUAAAAUCCAUCCACUUAUGACAGCAGCAUUGGAUCUUCAAGUGGAUCAUGAUCCAACUCCGGCAUCAGCUAACAUCUCCUGGAUAACAGCUGUGAUUAUCGGUAUCCUUGUUAUAAUUGCAGUCGGAGUUCUAACUGCUUGUUUGGUUAUGAGAUUCCGUGGCGAAACUUAUAUGCUGGAUCGUGAAGAACGUGCUCUUGGAAAUGAUCCAGAAAAAGAACUCCGUGAAAAAGAAGCGUUUCAAACUUAUGAAAGAGCAGAGGAGCCACCACUUCGAGGCAGUCGUUGUUCACUAAAUGAUGACAGUGCUGAAAUUGGUAGUGAUGCAGAUGGUGAACUAGACGAUUAUAAUCUCGAUCCUGGUAAAUUCAAUGAAGAAGGCUCCUUCAUCGGUGAAUAUGGAAGUGAGAAGCACAAGGGCACAUCAAAUCGUUUACCAACUCUUGAUCGAAACUACAAUCCGGCAGUUUAAAAAAACAAACAUGCAACAUGGUUCUUGUCAAUUCUCCUGUCCCAUUUCUACUUUUACCAUACAAAAUUAGGAAAAUCUAUUCUUAAAAUCAAUCAAGUGGUAAACAAGCAAAUUAUUCCAUAAAUUUUUUCUUCUUGCUAGCUAACCAACCAAAAUAUUCCAUUCAUUCCUCAUUUAUCAUGAAAUUUCACGAUUUUUUCAAGAGAUCUAUCUCCUUUGGAUUGACAUAGUUUCUUUCAUUAUAUACCUACCUACCUACUUACUCCCCUUUUCUCUUAGCUGUUUAAUUUGUCCUGUUUGUUUACAAAAAAAAAACGAAAACUAAUCCCCAUUUUGGUUUGCCUUCUACUUUCGUCGCAUGCCGGAUUUCAUUGUUUUGUUGAGCCGACACUGUUUUAUCACAUAUUUUGUCUUUUUUUUUAACAAAAAAAAAUCAUGCUCGCAUCAUUGUUAUCAUCCGUAUAUUCCAAAAUCAUCAUGCAUCACCUAGUCCUAGGAUUCUUUUUUUUUAAAAAAUAUAUAUAUUUGUUGUUAAAAAAAAGCAAGUAAGUGCAUUAUCCCUAACCAAUUUAUGCAGCUGCUGUAUUUUUAUGACAUAAUAAACACAACGAAAAGGUCUAAUAACUCUCCACACACGCACACACACACACACAAAAAAACGCGUUUGUGUUUGUUGAUGCUUUUUUUUCUCUUCCAAUCAUUUGACUGCUGUUAAAUUUGCUUUUAUUCGUAUUGUGUGUUUUUCUUUAUACGCUGUAGGAUUUAAUUAUAAGUAUUAUUUUAAUCAGUGUAUUGUGUUCAAUUAUCUAUACAUAUUCUGUUUUGUUCUUUUUUUUUUAAAAAAAAAAUUAAUUGUUUGUCAUUCUUAGUUGUAUUUAAUCAUCGUUAUUAUUAUUAUUCUUAUUCUUAUUAUUACUUGUCCAGUAUAUUAUCUAUUAUUGUGCAUUAUUGUAUUGUAACUAACUAACUACAUGAAUGCUUCCUUUCUAGGUGUGUGUAUACGUUAUAUUUGGUUUAACCAGUGUUUCAUUAUUAUUAUUGAUCACUCACAUUGUGUAUCAGUUUGUAGUUUUUUAAUUCUUGUCAUUUCACGAUAUAUAUAUAUAUAUAUAUAUAUAUAUAUAUAUAUAUCAUCUGGCAUCUGUUCGAUCUCAUAUGUUAUGUCCAUGCACGUUUUUUUUGUGUAUGUACCAAUAUCGACUAUGAUGUUGUAGGCUUUUUGAGUCAUGAUUGUCAUACACAUUACUACUACUACUACAAUUCUCAACAUGGAUUAUGAAGCUUCAUACAAAAGAUUCAUCUUAGUUUAUUGAAAAAAAUUUUUUCGCUUCAAUUUUUUGUUUAUAUAUAUAUAUAUUUUACCUCCAUUUGUUUUGCUUUUUCCGUUUUUUAUGCAAAUUGUUCAAUGCAAUCUCUUUGAAUUUUUUUUUUAUUCGUUGUUAUUUUGUUCUUAAAAGAUUCUAAUGACUAUGCAUGCUUUUUGUACAUCAAUAAUGAAUGCUUUUUACUUGUUUCUGUAUAACAUAUAUCUAUAUGAAAUAU